UGCACUGCUACUUGGGAGACAAGUACACAAAUUCUUCACAGUUCCCAUAUGCUCUAUGUUGCAUGCAAAUGUUGACAUCUAGUGGCUUUAAACGCGGACUUGCCUUUUCAAGAAAAAAAAACAUCUUUUUCUUUUUAUUUCUUUCUAGGGACAUCUUGCUUGAAAAUGGCAAAUCCCAACCCUCUUAUCACGGACCGAUACCAGUAAAUCCAAAGAUCAUGGAAGGAAAAGACAUACGCAACUCAACUGUAAAUACAACUACGACAGAUGUCCAGCUGGUCACACACAGUCUCUGGGAGGUGAUCACUAUAGCAACUGUGUCAGCCAUAGUCAGCCUCAUCACAGUUGUGGGAAAUGUGCUGGUAAUGCUUUCCUUUAAAGUCAACAGCCAAUUAAAGACCGUGAACAAUUAUUAUCUCCUGAGUCUGGCAGCUGCAGACCUCAUCAUUGGGGUAUUCUCCAUGAAUUUGUAUACAUCUUACAUACUGAUGGGCUACUGGGCCUUAGGAAACCUUGCCUGUGACCUGUGGUUGGCACUGGACUAUGUAGCCAGUAAUGCCUCAGUCAUGAACCUGCUGGUAAUAAGUUUUGACCGAUAUUUCUCUAUAACUAGGCCUCUGACCUACAGGGCCAAACGAACUCCCAAACGAGCUGGGAUCAUGAUCGGUUUGGCCUGGCUGGUGUCACUUAUUCUGUGGGCUCCACCAAUCCUUUGUUGGCAAUAUUUUGUAGGAAAAAGGACUGUUCCUGAGAGGCAAUGCCAAAUCCAGUUUUUCUCAGAACCUGUGAUAACCUUUGGGACAGCAAUUGCCGCCUUUUAUAUCCCAGUGUCAGUAAUGACAAUUCUAUACUGUCGAAUCUACAAGGAGACAGAGAAAAGGACCAAGGAUCUGGCAGAGCUUCAGGGGAUUAACUGUCCGACAGACCACUGAGUCAACCCAGCCUCAGAAGACCACGAUCAGAAACUGCUUUUAGCUGCAAAUGACAAACAGCUUCAACAUGACAGGACCCAAACUUCUUGGUCCCUCUACAAGCAGGACCAAUACUGUCCAGACACCAACCACCACCAGUGACGGGUGGUCUGAAGGUGGUCAAUUGACCACUUUCAACAGUUACGCUCUUCAGAGGACGAGGAGAGACCUGUGUCUCCAGGAACCUUCCAGGCGUCCUUUAGGAACAGAGCGUGUGAGGCUGGAAAAGAGUGCACUGGGCAGAGAGCGUGAGCAGCUCAGCAGCUAUGAAGAGGACAGCUUCUCCAGACACCACCCAAAAGAACUCUCAGAAGAGCAGCAAGGGUUGUCCUACAAGUUCAAGGCUGUGGCCAAAGAUAUCCCCAGCAAAAAUGGAGACACCAAAAACCAGCAUCAUCAACGUUUUCCUAUGCCAAGUCCAUGAGGGAUCAAUCCAUCUCUUCAGAGUCCAAGACGAUAGAUGCUGUGCUGAGAACCAAAUCACCAAAAGGAAGAGGAUGGUCCUGAUAAAGGAAAAGAAAGCAGCUCCAGACUCUUAGUGCUAUCUUGCUCGCCUUAUCCUAACAUGGCGCCUUAUAACAUCAUGGUGCUUAUUUCCACUUUUUGUCAGACUGCAUUCCGCUGUCCCUUGGCAUCUGGGCUACUGGCUGUGUUACGUCAACAGCACUGUCAAUCCAUGUGCUACGCCCUCUGCAACAAGACUUUUCAGAAGACCUCCGCAUGCUCCUACUCUGCCAGUGGAAGAAGAAAAGAACUAAGGAGAAGCUAUACUGGUGUGGACAAAACCCUGUGCUCAGCACCAACUCUCUUGAACCUGCCUUCUUUUUAAAUUAUGGUAUAAAUUGAUUACAAAUCAGAAUGUUUGUACUGAAAUAAUGGAUUAUAAAAUAAUUGGUGAUUAGCUGUGUGGUGUUCAGUAGAUCCGCAA